AGUGGUUUCUCAACAAAUUGUCACCUCAGCUAAAACGCAGUUUAUCUGUUCUCACUUCUCCAACUCGCUCUCCAAAUACCUGCGAUGCGUAAAAGUAGAGCUGAUGAGGAUGACUGGCUCCUUGAUGGCGGGGAGAGGAGGAGGAGGGAAAGAAACUGGACUGUGACUUUUUGCAGUUUCUUUUUCUGUCUCUUGUAUUUAGUGGCUCUGGCAAUGGCACUUGGUUCUGUUGGCUAUUUUGGUAUGGUCCAGUAUCAUGUUAGUAAAUGGAAUGAAUCAGAGAGUAAAAACAGGCCUUGUAUACUAUACAGUAAAUACAAUAAAGGGAGGAACGCGUUAAAUGUUGGUGAUAAUGUAUACUGCAUUUUGAACAUUGGAGGCGAUGUGAUCCUGGCUUUGCUCUGUCUUUUACUCCUGGCUAUAUCGUUAUUCCAACUAACGUGUGGAAUAUGGAACACCUGCUCUGCAAUAUGCACUUUGUUGCUACAGAUUCUAGCUCUAAUCCUUGGACUGUUACUAGCUAUAAAUUUGUUGAGUGGAUACUAUGAUACAUGUAGGAACACAGACAAAAGAUGUGCUGAAUAUUUCCCCAAAGAUAAUGAUGACGGUUACAUUCGUAUGUCACAGGGUGCUGUGUUAGUGUGCUUUUUUGCACUCUUUGCAUCACUGGCUAUGCAGAUCCUCCUCCUCUGUUGCUGUAGGAAAAGGACUCACUCAACAAGUCAAGAACUUGGUGGUAAUGAGUGGAUUGAUAGCGAUCGCAUCAUGAAAAGGGAGAAGUAUAAUGUUUUUGAUUGAACUUUCGCUGCCUUGAUUCACUUUUGAAGAAACGGAUUCUUCCUCAUACAUGUCAUGUGUGUACAGUUUAACUUAGUUUAUACACAAUUGCUAUUUUUGAUAUUAAAUUUUUCGUCUUUUUGAAUACAA